UACGUCCUCUCCCUCUCUCUCUCGCGCCCGUCUCGCCCUCCUUCCGACAUCGACCCGUCCGACUCUCGACUUGUCCCACCCUUACUCCGACGCUCGGCUCGCUCGACUCUCGGCGUCUCUAGAGCUACAAGCUCUGCUCUCGGCUCUUUGCGGUCUGCUCUCGCCUCGACGGCUCUCGCACCUCGCGCACCUCGGCGCCUUCGUCUCUCACACCUCGCGCACCUCGGCGCCUUCGUCUCUCACACCUCGCGCACCUCGACGCCUUCGUCUCUCACACCUCGCGCACCUCGACGCCUCUCGCGGCUCGCGCACCUCGGCGCCUCUCGCGGCUCGCGCACCUCGGCGCCUCUCAGCUGUGCACCGGCGUGCUACAGCUGCGACUCGGCGCUCUUCAGCGCAGCCCUGUCGCGGCGCGCCCGUGCGGCGCCCUCGCUGAGCUCGUGCUAGAGGGCAAGCUGCAUGCCGCCCGACGUCGCACGCGGCAUGCCGGCUCUGACGCUCGCCGGCGGCGGCGCAGCGGCCGACGGCGGUCCUUCGUACGAGACCGACGGCCUCGAGAUCGUCGGAUUCGUUCCGGCGCAGUCGCAGUCGCAGUCGCAGUCGCAGUCGCAGCAGCAGCGUCAGCAGCAGCAGGCGCAGCAGCAGGACCAGCAGCAGCAGCGUCAGCAGCAGCAGCAGGCGCAGCAGCAGCACCAAGUCGUGCGCGCAUCCUCGACGGCAUCCUCAUCGUCGUCGGCGGCCCGCGCUCGCGAGACGCUCUUCGCAGUCAUCCCGCCGCCCAAGCCGGCGGCGUCGUCGACAUCAGCGCGCCUCGCUUCCGCUGGGCCAUCCAUCAAGCGCUUCGCGCCGCUCGAGGAGACGCACAGCGACGUCGAUGCCGACAUCGACAGCGACACCGACGCCUUCAUGGCACCGCCGCCGCCGCCUUCAUCGUCUCGUCGCGCUGCCGACCUCGACGCUGCCUUCCUGCCUCGCCGCCAGCGACGUGAGGACUUCGAGGAGCCGCUGCCGCUGCCGUCGCUGCAGCCCCGGACAGUCUUCGGCGACGAAGCGCAGCGCUGGGGCUCGCCAUGGCGCGCGGCGCGCGAGAAGCUCGUCUGCGGCUGGCUGCUCGAUGCUGCAACUGCUGCGCACGCGCCGGACAGGCAGAAGCGCUGCGAGGAGGAGAUGCACAACGCUGAGUCGCUCGUGCGUCACAUCUGCGCGCAGCAUCGCGAGCCUGGCCGCAAGCCGCGCUGCCGUGUCGGCACAUGCAACAAGAGCGCCGUUGCCGACGAGUUCGAGGCGCACGUCGCAGGCCACUUCGCUCAGCACGCUUUCUCGUGCCCGUGGCGCGAGUGCCGUGCGGCUGCGGACUUCAAGACGCUGCACAAGCUCGAGGAUCACAUCCGCACAUAUCAUCUGCGCAGCGGCGCCGCUGAGGUCGACGAGCGCGACCUGCGCGUGCUUCUCUUCCCGCGCCCGCUGCGCCGCCCUCAAGCCGCCGAAGAAGACGUCGACGCGCUCAUCGGACGCCUCGGCAGCGUGCGCGUAGCGUGCGACUCGGCCGUCGUCCAGCUCGCACCGCCUAGCGCGCGUCCAGAGCGACGAGGAGAGCGAGUCAGGGACACGCUGCUGCGGCUGCCGCGCGCCGCCGCAUCUCUCGCAGAGCCGGUCGCCGUCGCCGAUGACGAGGAGGAGGCAGUCAUGCCGGGCGCGCCGUGGCGUCGCCUGAUCUCCGAGUUAGUGAAGCUGCAGCCUGCUGCACAGCCGCUCUCGUUGACGCCCGACGCCGCUAGGCACCUCGAGUAUGUCGGCCCGCUGCUGCGCGUGCCUGCAGCUCGUCGUGUGCUCGAGUCGAUGCGCAGCCGGCAGUUGGACUGCGUCGACCUCGAUCUCGGCAAGGAGAGCCUCGACAUGACGACGGCGGAGCUCGACCGUCAGCAGCGGCAGGCGCAGCAGCAGCAGCAGCAGCAGCAGCAGCAGCAGCAGCAGCGGCAGCAGCAGCAGCGCCGAGAGCGACAGGCGUCGCAGGCGCAGCGCAUCAGCGAGGAUCAGCCGCCGCCGCUUCUGCCGCCGUCGCAGCCGCAGGCGCAGGCGCAGGCGCAGCGCAUCAUCGAGCAGCCGCAGGCGCAGCGCAUCAUCGAGCAGGCACAGGCGCAGCGCAUCAUCGAGCAGGCACAGGCGCAGCCGCAGCCGCAGCGCUCCCUCGAGCAGCCGCAGCGCUUUCUCGAACAGCCGCAGGCGGCGCCGCCGCCGCCGCAGCAGCAACAGCAAGUCGACUUCGACGGCGACAUUGGGCUUCAGCACGACGGCGACGACUACGAGCUGCACGACAUCGACAUGCAGCAGCAACAGCAGCAGCAGCAGCGGCAGCAGCCGCCGCCUCGCCUCAGCCCUCCGCACUUCACCUCAAGCAGCGACUCGGAGCACGCGUCCGUCGGAGCCUCGAGCCACUCGCCGCUCAAACGAGCUCCGCCUGCGUCGUCUUCGUCUGACGACGACUUCACCAUCGUGCUAGAGAAGUUCAAGCGACCGGCAAAGAGACGCGCUCCCUCCGCGUCAGGCACGGCGGAGGCGCCGGUCGUGCUGACGGACUCGUCGUCGGCGGCGGAAGACGGCGCGGCUGCUGCCGGCAGCAGUCCAGGCGCACGUGCUGGCGCUAGUAGCAGCACUGCAGGCGCUGCUGCUAGCAGCAGCAAUGCUCGCGACGUGCAUGCGUCGCAGAAACGCAAGGGAGAGGCGCGCAAGUAUCGCCCCAAUCCCUCCGAGUACAAGCUUCACGAAGAAGAUGAUGCCUCUACGUAACGACGUCGCUUCCGCUUCCGCUUCCGCUGCUUCCAUCUCAUCUAUGUACCCCUGCGCUCUCGCAAUGUCACCUUCUCC